UUUCACUUCCUUUAGUGUUGGAUGUCAGUGCACACUCCUCCACCCCGCACAGGCAGACAGACAGGCAGACAGACAGACUGACUGACAGGCAGACGCUCCUGCUGACAUGAUCCCUGCUUUUAACUGAACUGUGUCAGGGGGGAUGAAGAGAGGAGAGAGCUUGAAGAGUUGCUGAAGAGGCCAUGAACUGUUAGUUAUUUAAGCGGAGCUGAGAAGCUGCGCCUCCCCUGCGCUCAGAGCGCACUGACUGUUCCGUACCUGUGCGCACUUGCCCCGUUGGACGCGACUUGAAAGGGGGGAGUCGAGCGCGAAGAGAGGACACACCUUUACGCGUCCCCCACCCCUUCUCUCUCCCGACAGAGUAAAGGAAUCACCGCUGCUGACAUGUCGGCAAACGAGCGAGCCACUCGAGCGCUGAGGGAGAUCCUGCAAAACCCUGGAAAUGACACCUGCGCGGACUGUGGCGCACCAGAUCCUGACUGGGGCUCCUGCUCAUUGGGGGUGUUCAUCUGUCUGGCAUGCUCAGGAAUCCAUCGCAACAUCCCCGCAAUCAGCAAGGUUAAGUCCCUGAGCCUGUCUCGCUGGGAGGACCAUGAGAUGCAGUUCAUGGCUGAGAAUGGAAACGAGCUGAUGAAGAGUAAAUAUGAGGCUGCUGUUCCCAUCUACUACUACAAACCCACCCACAAAGACUGUCAGGUGUUGAGGGAGCAGUGGAUAAGAGCAAAGUACGAAAGGCAAGAGUUCACUGAGCCGGGGAAGAAUUUUACAUAUGAGGAAGGAACCCGAGACGGUAUCUUGCUGAAAAGAGGGCGGGACAAUGGGCAGUUCCUGAGCAGGCGAUUCGUCCUCUCGGAGAGGGAGGGGACUCUGAAGUACUUCACCAAAUUUGACGCUAAGGAACCCAAAGCAGUGAUCAAGGUGGACACCGUCAACGCGACCUUCCAGCCGGAGAAGAUAGGAAACCCCAACGGCCUGCAGAUCACGUACCUAAAAGACUACAGCACUCGCAACAUCUUCCUCUACCAUGAAAAUGGCAAGGAGGUCGUAGACUGGUUCAAUGCCAUCCGUGCGGUUCAGCUUCACUAUCUAAAGGUGGCGUUUCCUGGGGCGACGGAUGCUGAGCUGGUGCCUAAACUCACGCGCAAUUUUCUUAAGGAAGGAUACAUGGAAAAAACUGGACCCAGGCAAACGGAAGGCUUCAAGAAGCGCUGGUUCACCCUCGACCACAGACGACUCAUGUACUUCAAAGACCCGCUGGAUGCCUUUGCCAAAGGUGAGGCCUUCUUGGGGAACCGGGACCAUGGUUACAGCGUCUACACAGGCUUACCUACUGGGACCCACUGCAACAGCGCCUGGCAACACGGCAUCACCAUAGAAACACCCGAGCGCUACUUCCUGUUCACCUGCGAGACGGAGAGUGACCAGCAGGAGUGGGUGAAACACUUCAACGAUGUCAUGAGUGCUCCGAUGUCCCCUCAGGAGUACACGAUGGAGGCCAUGUUCAAGCACAGACACUGACGGAUUGGAGGACUACAGGACCAUCACCAGUCUGACCCAGGACCCACGUCAGUUAUGGCUCCUUUAAUACUUUUGGGGGACACUUGACUGUCAUCACCUUCCUGGUCACACUGGAGUGUUGUUGGGCAGUAUUGUGAAACAAGAGGACCAAGGCAAUAAUCAUUGAUCGUUUAGAAAUACACAUGACCGAAAUAAAUAAAUAUAUACAUUUGCAGUGUUAAUUCUUUUUGGCAUGUAUUGCCGCAGUGGUUCUGCACUUUGCAGUUUAAAGGGAUUAUUUUCCUCUUAGACAUUAUUGAAACUAAAUUUAUCUUGGUUUUUCUAUGUAGUGUGUUUAGAUUCUGCAUCUGUUCUUCAUGCUUCAUGCUAACAACAAAAUGUGGUCAUAAAUAUAGAUGAAGCAGUUGUAAGUGGAUUUAAUUUGAUAUUGUUGGAUAGAUAUUCAAUACAUUUUUAGAUAAAAUGGCUUUGUUAAAGCUAGGGUCUGUAAUAUGUCUCCGAGACACUUAGCUUAAUUGGCCAAAUGCUCUUUAUCACGUUAUAGUCAUCGGUAAGUAAAAAAUGCAGCCCACUUUCACAGUUUUACCUUAGAGGACGAACUUUCAGUGUUCUGGGGGGCAGAGCUUUGACAGGAAGAACGAAUGGUGCGUUCCAUUUGUAGUCGGAACUCGGAAUAUCCAAGGUCAUGCUAACAAUGGCUAACCUGAGAUACGUUUGCUUUUCCAACUUCUCGACUGGAACACGGUGAACCGAGUUUCGAUUUAAAUGGAACGCAGCAUAAUGUAGGGGUGGGAUGUUUAGGUUUCGCCUGCUGUUGCUAGCUUUUCCACACUUACUUACCCUAGCUUUAAGAUGAAGUGCCUUGGUCCUCUUGAACAAACAAGUAUGACAAGAGGGGAAAUAAACGAAAGGCACACGGAUUUAAAUGGGUGAAACUGGUACAGAAAACUGUUGAAAUCACUGCUGGAUUCAGAAUUACUUUUGUUUCUUUUAUUUUGUUUUUAAGCGAUGUUGCUGUUUUGUGUGAACUUUGUAACUAUUACAAAGAGUGUUGCUUCUCAGUGUUCAUGGGCUGGAGGGUGCAUGUGCAUGCGCAGUUUGAGUUCACGCCGUCUUUCGCUCAACUUCCAGGGCAAACUUAAGGUUCUCGUGACACACUACAGUUCAGUUUACGUCACGACGCCGACAUUACUUUAAUUGUGUUGUGUUUUUUCCUCAAUGAAAAGGCAAGCGUUGAUUCUGUUUGUAGAUUUCCAGCUGUUAUUGCAUCUGCUCAAGACUCAUUCGAAAGUUAAUAAAGUCAGUGAAUGAGAUUUUUAUGUGCAGCUGAAUUUAAAAAGGGUGGAAAUUCUAGAGGUUAGUACAUGGUCCAACAGCACCUCCAUGUGGCAAAAGCAUUCAAAUCCACUAAUAACUUAUUUUACCCUUGUUUUUGUACAUCAACCAACCAGCUGAUACAUUUUAAAGGUGUUUUAUUUUCUUUCUUUAUUUUAAGUUUGUUUGUAAAAGAGAUACUUUUGGUGCCAUAUAUUGUUUUAAAAGCAUUUCUAUGCUUGACCAUGGCUGACUGGCAUCACACAUGGAACGAUUCAUUACUAAUAAAAACAUGUUUUGUAUUCAACAAU